AUGGAAGACCCAGUUCAGCUGAAAGAAGAUGGGAAUUCGUUUUUCAAGGAAAAUGAUUACGUCCAGGCUAUUGACUGUUACAGCAAAGCCAUAAAGCUUGCUAAAGACAAGAAGCUGCUGGCUGUCUUGUAUCGUAACAGAUCAGCCUGUUACCUUAAAAAGGAAAAUUAUGUUCAGGCAGCCUCAGAUGCCACUAAAGCUAUUGAUGUUGAUGCAUCAGAUAUCAAAGCCUUGUUUAGACGCUGCCAGGCUCUGGAGAAACUGGAGAAGCUGGAUCAAGCAUAUAAGGAUGUUCAGAGAUGUGCAACAAUAGAGCCAAGGAAUAAGACCUUUAUAGAGACUCUGCACCGCUUAGGUAGUAAUAUUCAAGAAAAGCUUCGUGUCCAGUUCUCAACUGACUCUCGUGUUCAGCAGAUGUUUGAGAUCUUGCUGGACCCAAACAGUGAAAAAGAAAAACGAGAAAAGGCUGUCAACAAUCUGAUCGUUCUGGGCAGGGAGGAUGCAGGUGCUGAGAGAAUUUUCCAGAACAAUGGUGUGAACCUUUUAAUGCAGUUGGUGGAUACUAAAGACCCAGAGCUGAUUCUUUCUGCAGUGAGGACCCUUUCUGGCAUGUGCACUGGCCACAGGGCAAGAGCUACAGCUAUCCUACAUCUUGUGGGUAUCAGUAAAAUCUUCAGCAUUAUGGCAGUUGAUAAUGAAGAAAUUGCUCUAGCUACAUGCAAUCUGGUACAGAACAUUGUGGACUCUCUGACAGGAGAGGAUCGAAAGGACCAUGGGAAAGAAGAAGCUUUGGUUUUAGACAGCAGGAAGGACCUCCAAAUGAUCACCACCAACUUGUUGGACAUGCUUGUUAGUAAGAAGGUCUCUGGACAUGGCAGGGAUCAAGCUCUAAAUCUGCUUAAUAAAAACAUCCCUCGCAGAGACCUGAAGAAUAAAGACAACUCCAAAACUCUAUUUGUGGUUGAUUCAGGACUGAAGAAGAUAUUAAAGGUUAUGGGGCAAAUCCCAGAAUUGCCAAACAGCCUUCCACUCACAGUGAACACCCGUUUAAAUGCUUCUAUCCUUUUGAAUAAGCUAUAUGAUGACCUACGCUGUGACCCUGAAAGAGACAACUGCCGUUUAAUAUGUGAGGAGUACAUAACUGGUAAUUUUGACCCCAAGAAUAUGGAGAAGAACUUACAUGCCAUACAGACUGUGUCAGGUAUCCUGCAAGGACCAUUUGAUCUAGGAAACAAAUUGCUUGGGCUGCAGGGUGUCAUGGAAAUGAUGGUAGCACUGACAGCAUCAGACAAUGAGAUAGACCAACUGGUUGCAGUGGAAGCUCUCAUUCAUGCCUCUACAAAAUUCAGCCGUGCCUCCUUCAUCAUCACUAAUGGAGUGUCUAUGUUAAAAGACAUUUACAAGAAAACAAAGAACGAAAAGAUUAAGAUCCGUGCUUUGGUGGGUCUUUGCAAGCUGGGAUCAGCUGGUGGUACAGAUUAUGCUUUAAGGCAAUUUGCAGAGGGAUCUACAGACAAACUUGCUAAACAAUGCAGGAAGUGGCUAUGUAAUCCCAGCAUUGACAUACAAACAAGGAAGUGGGCAGUUGAAGGCUUGGCCUAUCUAACUUUAGAUGCUGAUGUAAAGGAUGAUUUUGUUGAAGAUGAACAAGCUCUGCAGGCCAUGUUUGAACUGGCUAAGACAAGUGACAAGACAGUCUUGUACUCAGUGGCUACCACACUGGUCAACUGUACAAACAGCUAUGAGGUGAAAGAGGUCAUUCCUGAGCUGGUAGAGCUGGCCAAAUUCUCAAAGCAGCAUGUUCCUGAACAGCACCCAAAGGAUAAGAAAGACUUUGUGACCAAGCGAGUCAAGAGACUGUUGAAGGCCGAUGUGAUCUCCACCCUUGCAUGCAUGUUGAAAGCAGACAGCUCUAUCCUUACAGAUCAAACAAAAGAGCAGCUAGCCAGGGUUUUCCUGGCCCUGUGUGAAGAUCCAAAGGACAGAGGAACUAUUGUAGCACAAGGGGGUGGCAAGGUCAUGAUCCCACUGGCUCUGGAAGGUACUGAAGCUGGGAAGACAAAAGCCGCUCAUGGUCUUGCCAAAAUAGCAGCUAUAUCUAACCCUGACAUUGCAUUCCCAGGAGAAAGGGUAUAUGAAGUGGUACGUCCCCUGGUCAGUUUACUAAACACAGAGAAAGAUGGUAUGCAGAACUAUGAAGCACUUUUAGGCCUUACCAAUUUUGCUGGGAAAAGUGACAAAUUAAGGAAAAAAAUCAUUAAGGAGAAGGCCCUGCCUGACAUUGAGAAUUACAUGUUUGAGAAUCAUGAACAGAUUCGACAAGCUGCCACUGAAUGCAUGUGCAACUUGGUAGUAAAUAAAGAGAUCCAGGAAAGGUUCUUGGCAGAAGGAAAUGAUCGUUUGAAAUUGGUAGUGUUAUUGUGCGGUGAAGAGGAUGAAGUAAAACUGCAAAGAGCUGCAGCAGGAACCCUAGCUGUUCUGACGGCAUCUGAGAAGAAGCUAUGCCACAAGAUGACAGAAGUGACUACACAGUGGAUGGAGAUCCUGCAGAGACUUUGCCUUAAUGAAGACUUGCAGGUUCAGCACCGUGGAGUUGUGAUUACCUACAACCUGAUUAAUGCUGACAAAGAGCUUGCAAAGAAACUGGUGGAGGCUGAAAUGCUGGAGAUCCUAACGGUUAUUGGAAAAGAGGAGAACAAUCCAAAGAAGGAACACAUUAUAGCUGUAGCCAGAGAAGCCCUGGUCAAAUGCCUAGAUUAUAGCCUCAUUAAGCCUGUUUCCUGA